ACAAACAGACCUCACGUAGAGUGACCCAGCAAGUGAUACAUAGACUGAGCACCAAGAAGACCUCGCAACGAUGUGGUCUCUCGGCCGCACUUCGCUGUGCUUUCACCUGGUCCUGCUUCUCCUCCUUGCCGUGGUCACGGCGGAUGAUCCUAGCCUCGCCGAUGGAGGAAAGCUCAUUGACCCCAAGCCUUCCCCGAAACCCACUCCAAAACCGUCGCCCCAACCCAACCCUAAAAUGCCGCACCCGAACCCAAACACAAACCCAAAGCCCACGACUCCUGUAAAGCCGGAACCCAACCCAACUCCGGACCCAGAUGCCAAACCACAACCAAAGCCAAUGCCUCAACCGGACCCGAAGCCAACUCCUGAAGAGCCAAAGCCUAAACCUCAGCCAGGGUCAUUGCCGGUGUAUUCACUAGACGACAUUAGUUCCGACAGGACGAACCCAAAGCCCGACCCGCAGCCUAACCCUAACCCAAAGCCUGAUCCACACCUGAACCCCAAACCGACCCCCAAGCCAACACCAAACCCGCGGCCAAACCCCAACCCCCAGCCGGGACCGUCGAAGCCGAAGCCGCCGGUGUACGCACGUCGCGCUGGCUCCCACAAGCCCCUCAACUGAGCUAGCAAGCUGGCUCGUGGAACAUGGAUUGGAUGAUUAAGCAAUCUGUCACGUAUACCGACAGGCUUAAGUAAGGUAUCCAUCCAUGAAAUAAGCAGCAGUGUGGCUGUUAGUCCUGUGAGUUGUAAAGCGGUACUGCUUAUGUACGCGUUCGUGUGUUCAUUGUUCGUGUGUUGCAUGCGUACCUAUGUACGUAGGCGAUCUGAGUGUGCUUGAAUACGAGUGUUUACUAUUCCUAAUCAUGUGUGUACGACCAGCUUUGUGUAUCCAUGAUCAAUAAUGAGUCAAUCUACACAUGCAUGUGCCGA